AUGUCUCAAUACGCCAGUUCUUCAAGUUGGACUUCAUUUUUAAAGUCAAUUGCUUCUUUCAAUGGUGAUAUCUCUUCUUUAACUGCUCCUCCAUUCAUUCUAUCUCCAACUUCAUUAUCUGAGUUCUCCCAAUAUUGGGCUGAACAUCCAGAUUUGUUUUUAGAGCCAUCAUUUAUCAAUGCUGAUAACUAUAAGGAAGUUCUAAAGGAUAUCGACGAUGAUAUUGAAAGUGCUGAAGUUGCUAGAAUGCUAUCUGUCACUAAGUGGUUUAUUUCCACUUUAAAGUCUCAAUAUUGUUCAAGAAACGAAUCCAUGGGUUCUGAAAAGAAGCCUUUAAAUCCAUUCUUGGGUGAAUUAUUCGUUGGUAAAUGGGAAAAUAAGGAUAAUGAAAAAUUUGGUGAAACUGUUCUAUUAAGUGAACAAGUUUCCCAUCAUCCUCCUGUUACUGCUUAUACCAUCUUCAACGAUAAAAAUAAAGUUAAAUUGCAAGGUUAUAAUCAAGUCAAAGCUACCUUUAGUAAAACUUUAAUGUUAGGUGUCAAGCAAUUCGGUCACACUAUGUUAGAAGUUGGUGAUGAAUCUUACUUGAUUACUGUCCCUCCUUUACAUAUUGAAGGUAUAUUAGCUGCAUCUCCUUUCGUAGAAUUGGAAGGUAAAUCUUUUAUUCAAUCUUCAACUGGUUUAUUAGCUGUGGUAGAUUUCUCUGGUAGAGGCUAUUUCUCUGGUAAAAAGAAUUCUUUCAAGGCAAGAAUUUACGAAGAUAGCACAAGUUAUAAAAAGAAUAAGGAAAAUGCCUUAUACACAAUUUCUGGCCAAUGGUCAGGUAUCUCUACUAUAAUUAAAAAGGACAAAGCUUCUGGCGACGAACCAACCAUCUUCUAUGAUGCAAACAGAGAGCCUGUUGAAGUCUUAAAAGUUAAAGAAUUGGAAGACCAACAUCCACUGGAAAGUAGAAAAGCUUGGAAAGAUGUUGCUGAAGCUAUCAAAUCUGGUGAUUUCAAUAUGAUUGUUGAAACUAAAUCAUUGUUAGAAGAAGCUCAAAGAGAAUUAAGAAAAGAAGAAGAAGCUAAAGGUAUCAGCUGGCAAAGAAGAUGGUUUAAGAGUAUCGAUUACUCUCCAGAUGCAGAUGGAAAGGAAGCAGAUGUUCCAGAAGAAGGUGAUAUAUUCGCUACAUUGGCAUCCACUUUACAAUUAUCUACAAAGAAUGUUCCAAGUGGUACCAUAAUUGGUGACAAAGAAGACAAAAAAGAAGGUAUUGCAUCUGAACACUGGAGAUUCGAAAGAGAAUUAUGGGAUAAAGAACCUGAAAUCGUAUUGUAA